AGAGCCAGAAGAGCGGCAAGUUCUCGAAGUAAAAGUUAAUCUUGCAGAAUUGUUUUUAGUCAGGAUAAUUAGAUCGAGUACAAUUCAUGGUCAUCGGAACGUUUUGUCCUGUGGGCUACUAGACGUGGGAGUUUCGGACCAAGUUUUCCCUGGGAGGUUUAUCAGCAGUCGGAUUUACCAAGUGCCCCUGACACUGGAGGCCUAAUUCUAUUAAGCCGGAGGUGAUUCACAAUUUCAAUAUAUUGAGGGUGUUUUGUCAACAGAGGUGCAUGACUCAGUCGGCAAUCUACCGGACAUUUGCAUUACCUGUGGACCGAUCCAGGUCUAUUCUAGGCGACUCUAGAUGACUUAUAGGAAAUAGCGGAACCAUAUACAGCAAAUCCGUCAUUCAAUUCACAAGGACUGGAGACGUUAUAUAUUCUACAUUUUGAACAAUAUUAAGGAUAGUGUCCCACAGCAGACAUUAUAUUAGUGUGUUCAAUUCAUUCAGUCUUUGCAUUGGCGUGGAUGAUUUUGUGCAUUCCACAGGAUUAUUAAUACAUGAAAUAUAUGACUCAGAAAUUAUUUAAGCAGUGAAAAAAAAAAUCAGAGAAAUUUUUAUGUUAAACCUGAUGUAAUCACAUAGGUUGCUAAGUUAGUUGGAGUGGAAUCUUUGGCUUUCAACACCACGGAACCAAUUUUCCUCCUCGCAAAAACUGGAGUCAAAUUAAACACUAUGUGGAACCACAACAUGGCAGUUCUCUUCCUAAUGACAGUACUACUGAGCCAGUGUUCAGCUCAGAAUCUGAAAAUUGACAUCGGCGAUACCGUGCUACAACAUGAUCUCAACAAAGGGACCGCGGAAUUCCAGGCCCCCGUGGCCCUGCAGUGGGGGAUAGCCGAUACCUCCACCAAUGUAGGAAAGAUCUUCAAGUUUGCCAUACCCAGCGAUGCUUUCAGAGGAACCAUUCAGUCGAUAAAGGUUACAGAGGCAGGAAAAUCAUCACUUCCCAACUGGUUGGUGUUUGAUGAGAAAUCCCAGCAGCUGAGGGGAAUCCCCACCCCCGCAGACAUCGGGGACAACUAUCUGGAAGUCUUUACCACUGGACCUCAGAAUUCUCAAGCCAAAGAUGUGUUCUCCAUUAAAGUUGUCAUGGAAACUCCACCCACCCACAUUCCACCCACCUCUCAGUCCUCCAAUGGAAAGCCGCAGAUGGUCAGGUGUAAACGUGAGCAACCGGAAACUGCUGCCACCAUUAUUGUCGACGCUGAUAUGAUGACCAUGUCGCCUGCAGAUAGGAUCGACCUAAUAAACAUGCUGACAGAACAUCUGAAUCUGGCCUCAGACAUGAUGAAGAUGAUACCUCUUGGAGAAAAGGAAGUUUUUGACAAAUCGGCUCUGGUCUCUGGACAGGGAGAUUCCAAAACUCUUGUUACGCCCGGCACCAUGCUGUCGUGGUUGGUUGGCUGUGGGAGCGUGAUGAAGGACCACAUGAAUAUCUUGCAAAAGGUUGAGGAAUCCGCAGCUAGCGGCAAAAUGAAACGCAGCGUAGGACACAGUGUCGUUGGCUGGCAUGUCACCAACACUUUCCUUCAGGAGAAGCCAAAGCGCAGGCGUAGGGCUGUAGUUGCAACUGCUACCGUGGUCGAUACACCUAGUCCACCCACAAAGCUUCCAGACACAGUUGUCACAGACAUCAAAGCAUCUGAGACAACAGCCCAACUGACCAGAACAAUGCCUGUCAUGGAGACCUCUUAUACCCAGGUUCAGCCAACUAAAACAGUGAUCAUGCCAUCAGCAAGUCCCACUUUUGAGGUCACCACAACCGAGAUGAUGACCAAGACAACCACUACUUCUACCCCCAAGCCUGCUGUGGUCACAACUGCACCCAUCACACCCACCCCAUCUCCUAGUCCUCCAAUGAACAAGUCUGAGAUCAUGCCCACAAAGUCAAUGACGGUCACCGAUGCUCCAACGAAGGUGGUAACUCCAAAGCCGGAACCGGAAAAUCCCAACUGUCCAGACGACGGAAAGUCCCGUCCACCUAUGGUUACAGGGGCUAUGGAAGAAAUGAUUUUCCAGGCUGGCCAAGAGAGUCAGUAUUAUCUACCAGAGGAUUUGUUCUUUGACUGUGUUGAUGGAAACAUAAGAGAUCUUUCAAUCAGCUUAUUUGGGAAUGACACAGAUGUUUUACCGAAGACCCAUUGGGUUGAACUGAAAGGAAGAAAGACUGGAAACUAUAGAAUUGUUGGAUUCCCUAUGAACAAGCAUCAAGGAAAGAAAAUGUAUUCACUAAAAGCCCAGAACAGUUUUGGACUUCUAGCUACCUAUGUAGUGAAGAUGGUUGUGAAACCUGAUGAACGCUUAAGUGGGGAGCCUUCUCACAAAAUCAGCAUGACCUUUGACACAGCCUAUGACAAGUUCACAAAUGCUAAAAUCAAGGAGGUGACGGAAAGUCUGGCGUUGGUAAUGUUUGGUACACAAGAUUCAAAUGCCAUCACUGUUCUAGACAUUCAGCCAGGCUCUGUCGUGUACUCGUGGACCAACAACCAACUGCCAACUGAUUCUUGCCCAGCUAAAGAGGUGUCAGAAAUGAUGAACAAGUUUGUGAAUGAAGAUGGCACAGUGAAUGAAAAAGCAAAAAGCAAAUUUCCUUUUCCUCUGAAUGAGGUACAGGCUAUUCCUGCAGGAGCAUGUAUUGGAAACAAAGAGUUCCCUGGUGCAAAAGGAGAACCAGAAGAGCCUCCUGAGCCAGAGACCCCUGAACCAGGAAAACCCACAUCUGAACCUACCGAUCCAGGAAAGAAGGAAUACCAAGAGGAGGAAGAGAAUGAAAUCUGGUUGACAACAGUUGUGCCUGCUGUCGUCAUAGUCGUCUUACUUAUCAUCUUCUUGGUCAUUGCCUGUGUCUUGUAUAGGAAGAAGAGGAAAGGAAAGAUGUCCUUGGAGGAUAAGAAUAACUUGGUGAAAGGAGCACCAGUGAUUUUCCCUGAUGAGUAUGAUGAAAAGCCCAAUGAUGCAUCCAAACCCCUCAUUAUGGAUGAAGAGAAACCACCUAUGCCCCCACCGCAGUAUACUCGAGGAUCAAGUGAAAAUUCCAAAUCCUCUCAUGAAAGCAACCAAGGGGAAGAGUAUGAAAUGGAUACAGACAUUAAUUCCCCUUUGUAUCAGCCUCCACCCCCUGUGACCUCCACAGGGUCAAAUAAACAGCCCCGCCCACACAUGCAGCCAGCACAUAGAAAUCCCGCCCCAUAUGUGCCACCAUAAUGUUAGUGUGCGAAUGUCACAGUGCUUCUGAUUGGUGGAUGUGUAUUUGAAAGUAUGGUUGUGAUUGGUCAGAUGUUUGGACUGUUCUUGAAAUGGUCAUGAUUAUGAGAUGGUGUUAAGACAAUUGCCAACAAACUAAGUGUGGGUCAUCAAAGUUUUCCAAAAUUCGUGAGACAAUGUUCAAAAAGGGAAAGAAAAUGAAACAAGUCGAUUUGCCUUAUUAUCACCCAUUACGAGCAAGUGCUGCUGGCUGUGUGUGUUCUAAUUUUGUCUUGUUUUUUAUUUACUUAUUACAUGGUGUGAAUAUUUGUAUCAAUGGAAUUCAUUUCUCCCAAGUGUUCUACAAUGCUUCAACAUUUCUCAUCACAAUGUUGUUCAUAUUGGGUCUGUAAGUGUUGUUUACUACGAUGUAUGUGUAAAUGAGACUAUGCAAGAAACUUUAAUGUUGAAGACUUUGUUAAUAACAUGCUGAAAAAAAAGCACAAACAUUGUCCAAAUACUGUUGUACAAUUGUUAUGUACAAGGAACGCUUAACAUACACUGAAAUUCCUAAUAGUAAACAUAAUUACUUUGUUAAUGUAAUGAAUGAUGUGCCUGUUUAUUUUAAUUAUGCAGAAAACUGUUUUUAAGCUGACUGAUUCAUUUGAAAUUAGAAUGUUUUGCUGUACAUGCAUUAUAACAUUGUUGGUUAGUUUUGAUUCCAUGUAAAUUUCCAAACUGCUGGAUGAUCCAAUCAUGAGCUAUUGUAAUAUUGAGUAGUCAUGAUUACAUGUACCCAAUGCAUCAUGAAACAUACAUGUUUUCUAUAGGCAUGAGUAUAAUUAUAUGUGCUAGAUUUCGAUGGUCAUGGUUAGUUAUAACCAUAAGAAAUGUUUUAUUAAUGUGUUAAUUGUAUUCAUCAGAUUGAACAUAUAGCCACACACAUUUAAUCAUUAUAAACUCCAGCUAGUCCUAUGGUUUAAAUUAUCAGGAGAAUUGAUUCAGAAUGAUAUUAAUUAAUUACUAUUGUGUUAAUUAUACCUGUUGUAGUGCUUUGUGAUUUUUUGUAGCAUCUUGUGCAGUAGUUUUUUUUUUAUAUAUCAUGUAUAAGUUUUCAAAUACUCAGCUUCAGUUAUUUGAAUUGCAAAUUGAUAUUAUUUUUAUUAUUAAUAAUAGAAACAUUAAUUUGUCUACAAAAUAAUCAAGUCCCAAUGCAGGAAAAAGUUAUUGUAUUAACUCCUUAGUUAUUUAGAUAAAAAUACUAUAAUUAGAAAUGUUUGAAAGAUAAUGUAUUUAAUACUGUUGUAUGUUGUAUGUCAACAGUCUUCAUGUUGCCCGUGGAGGGCCCUUAAUUGGUUAAUAAAGAAAUUGAAUUGAAUAUCAUUUCAUAGACCAUUUAAAAAAAAAGAAAAGUGGAGAUAACUUGAUUUGAAGCUGAAAAUUUUAUACAUGUAUACGUAAGAUAUCAAUGCAAAAUAUGAUAGUUUUUGAAGUAAAUUUUUUUAAUCAUUCCAUAGCUGAAUUGAAUGUGCUGAGGGUUUUAAAUUUUUGUCAUUAGUUCAAGAAUACGCUGCAGUUGUUUUUACUUGUACUCUGAUUGCAAACAUGUUAAUUUAUCAGAGUUGAGUGCUCCUAAAAUGUUCUGUUUAGGUAAACUGUUAGACUUAUAUCAACAUGAUGAAAAUGCAUGGCUUAAAGAUGGAAUUAAAUAAAUAAUGGUCUUUUUUUUCAUUUUUCAAAGCACGCUUUACAUGUAUUUUUGGUGUUGAAAGAUUGAUAUUUAUUUAUGAGUUUGAGAUAUACACAGAAAAAAAGUGGAUUUGUUGUUGAGAUGUUUGCAUGAAGAGUUUUCAAAACAAGUGUUGGUUUUUUUUAGUUUUAAGUAACAGACAGUUACCGAAUUUCAUUAUAUCUUUAUUUCAUUUAAGUCUGAGAGAAUGUCAGAAAAUUUUUUAAUAAUAAUUUUAAGUUUUUGUUCAAUGAUACAUGUACUUUAAUGUAUUAAUCCUGAUGUGCUAGAUUGAUCUUUUUCCAUGUGCUGUUGUUAAAUGAAGACACAUUUUUAUUUUAAAUGAACACAACAAUGGUAUAUUUACUCAGUCUUCUGAUCUGAAACUUCAUAGUGUUGAAAUAAUCAUGUAAGAUUAUGACCAAGUAUAUUUGUUAUAUGGGAUAUGUACAAUUAACAUGUACAUGUGUAUGUUUAUUUUAAAGAUAAAAAUAGUAAAAAACAAUAA